UUCCGACCUCCAAUAAAGAUGCUCAUAAAGCUGUUUCAUAAUAAAACCCUAUUUUGUUAUCAGUUGGUAAAUUAACAUGGCCGACAAGGGCAGAGACGGAGAUGGCGUAGACUCCAUCAGCUCUCUGCCUGAUGAGAUCCUCCAACACAUCCUCUCUUCUCUUGAAACCGCAACUGCCAUCAAGACUUCCACCUUGUCCAAACGAUGGAGGCAUGUAUGGUCUGGUACACCUUCUCUCUACCUCAUUUGGACCAGGCAUAAGUUUAAGGUUCAUUCGAUAAACCAAACCCUAGCUCGCUACACGGCUAGCAAGAUGACGAGUUUUCAUCUCUAUGUCGGUGAAGACAUCGAGUCUCCUGACAUUAACAGGUCGAUAGAGUUCGCCAUGUCCAAGAAUGUGGAGUAUAUGUUGCUAUAUAUACAUUCCUAUAAGAAUAAUAUUCCUGAUUGCUUGUACUCCAAUUCCUCUAUCAAACAACUCACACUUUCGUUAUACUAUUCUUACAUGGUUCCCAUAUGCUCAGUUUCCUGGACAUCUCUGAAGAAACUGUCACUGUUUUAUUGCAAUUUUUCUGACGAAUGCAUGGCUAAGAUUUUAUCUGGUUGUCCGAUUCUCGAAAGCUUAAGUUUGGACUUUUUCCGUGGGCUAAAAGUUAUUGAUCUCAGCAAAUCUCCAUGUCUGAGAACAUUGGAAGCAAGCAUUACAGAUUCGGGAACGCAGAUUGUAGCACCACAUAUCCGUUUUCUCAGAUUGACAGACUACACGUUGUCAUGUACGUUAGCUGAUGUCACUUCUUUAACCGAGGCUAAACUAGAGAUUGGCGUAACGACAGUCGAAAAAGUGACGGAUGGGUUUCCUCAAGUCAUUAUGCAAAUUGUAGAGAAGUUGCAGAAUGUAGAGAAACUUACAUUUGGGCCUAACCUUCUCAAGAUAUUAUCUGUUGCCGAGCUCCGCCAUCUUCCUUUUCCAAGCUUCAAUGUCCAAGAUUUGACGCUUGUGUCAACGAUCUCUCAAGAUGUAAUUCCUGGCUUAGUAAGGUUGCUACAAAACUCAUCUCAGUUGAAGAAGCUAACAGUGCAACCAAAGCUCGUUAGUGGCACCCUACUGGGGAAGUUUCUUGACGACUUGUUGGAUAUGCAUGGCUUGAUAAAUUCGGAUCAACGCUGGAGUUUGGAAGCGAGGGUCUUUCCGAAAAUUUUGACUUGGGAUGUUGAGACAAAGCAUGUGGUUUCAUUCAUAAAACUUAUGCUUAAAACAACAAAGACAUUAGAGAAGAUGGUCUUAAGGUUGGGAUACUAUCUUCAAGGAAGACAAGUUGAAGAGUUGCUUGAGAUGGUUCCAAUGUUUUACCAAAACAACAAUGUCUCCAUUGUGGUUAUCUCAAACAAGUUGAAUAAGAUGGUUUUGGUACCAACAGUCUAUCAAGUGCACUCUAGACGAUCAUCGAUUGUAGGAUGGCAAAAACCUUGCCCCUCCUUUGUUAAAUGCAAUAUUGGUUCAUCUUGGCUAAACGCCAAUCAAAACUGUGGAGUGGCGUGGAUGGUGCGUGAUCACAUGGGACAACCUCUGGUUCAUGGACGUCGAUCAUACUCCAAGGUUGCAUCUACUUUGGAGGCAGACUUUCUAAGCUUUCGAUGGGCUAUAGAAUGUUUGGCAACUAUUCAUUUUGAUACAGUUGUCUUUGAAUCGCCCUCUUAUAUUGCAGGGAAGGCAAUCUUGCAUCCAGAGUCCUUUCCUCAGUACGGAUCUCUUCUCAACUCCAUACGAAGACAGCUGCAAAGCUUCAGGCUCUGGAGCAUUGCUUUCGUUCAUAAGGAAGGUAAUCUCUGUGUGGAUGCAAUUGCUCUCGGUGUUACCCGUUAUCAUCGUUAUCAGUCCUACAUAGCGCAUGCUGGACCGUCGUGGCUUAACCAAUUAAUCCAAGCAGAAGCAACUGCAGCCACUAACCCCGACUAAGACCCGAUGAUGCCUUUGCAAUGCAGGCUCCGUAAGUUUCUUUUUUCUCUGUUUCUUGUUUGCGUUUAGGGCCUUUUGGUGCCUUGUAUUAUUAUCUCUCUCAUAACUGUUUCGAGAUUGAGAUAUUUUUUUCACCUUAAUGAAGUUUUCAAAGU